GAGGGUCGCCUGUCUCCUCCGGAGGAGCCCCUUGCGCCCUCCCCUCCCCUUUCCCUGGCCCGGGGUUUGGGGGGGGCUCUCUCCUGGGAGGAGGGCAGGGGCCCGGCGGGUGUGGGUCCCCCGGGGUCCCCCUCUGCCUAGGCCCCCUGGGGACCCCCUCUGCACAUGCCCAGAGGCACGCUUGCCACCGGACAGCCAAGUCUUCUUCGAGGGGGCAGCCCUGGGAGCCAGAGGCCAAGAGGGAGCCCCUUCUCCUCCUCCUCCUCGCCCGGAGCCAGCCGGGACAAGGAGUCCUUCUCCAUCUGGAAUCCUCCCGAAGUCCCCAAGUGGUGAAGCAGGAAGCCCUGCCAGGAGAGGUUUGGGGAAGGGCUGGGGAUGUUCAGCAGGUUCUGGGGGGAUAUGAGGAGAGCCCUGUGUAAGGAUCGGAAGGGAGAAAGCUUGUUUCCUGCUGCUCCAGAGAAGGGGACCCAAUGGAGCAACGGAGGCAAGCUCCAGGAAGAAGCUCCGAGAGGAAGGGCGGCUUCUUCAGUCCAUGGAGAUGGUGGGGGAGUCUUUAUGCAGAGGUGUCCCCAUCUGGGUGGCCAUCUGUCCCAAGCUUUGCCUGGAUGGAGGGUUCCUGCAUGGCAGGAGAAGAAGGGGCUGGGGCUGGGGGCUCUUCCAGCUCCAUGAAAGGGGGAGUCUAGGCUUUUGCAGGAGUCAUGAAUGAAUGGCCCAGUCUGAGCAACACGAAAUGGCCUUUGUGGGCCAGGGGCCAGAGAAGAGGGGGCCUUGCCCUCCUGUCCUUUGGGGGGGGUCCUCACGGGGGUCUGGCCCACUUCCAGGGCCCUUCUUCAGUCCUUCGGAGUAGGAAGGGGGAGGGAAGCAGCACUCCAAGAGGAGAAGAUGCCCACCCGCCCGGUUUGUGUGUCCCCCGCUGUGUGGAAAGCCUCCUGUUGCCUCUGCCUGAGGAUGGGGCCACAGACGGACAGAGGGAGGCCCUUCUGGCUCAGCCCUCUCUUUGGGUGUUUAUUCUGGAAGAGCCCAAAGUGGGCCCUGGCCCUUUGGGAUACUUUGACACACGGAUUGUGUGAUGCAGCCCUUGGGUCAAAGGGCAGAUUGUGAUCGCCACCAUUGGAUGCGUGACGGCACCCACCAUGAAAUGCAAAACUGAACGAUGCACCAUCAAACGCACAACCAAAAGGGCAUCUCCACAUACGCAGCCUCACCCCAACCCCUUGAACCCCACGCGGGGGGCGUCCCACCACUUCCACAGGGAACUUCUAUUUGGGUCUGACAUGCAGAAGAUCCUGGCUUUGUGCCCCAUGGAUCUAACUGGACAGCAUUGCUGCCUGGCUGCCUUGCUCCUCCUGGUGGGGUCCUUGACCCUUGGCCUGGCGGGAGCCCAGUGCCCAGAGGGAUGCUCCUGCUCCAGGACCGCCCAGGUGGAGUGCUCCGGCUCUCUCAUCUUGGAGAUGCCCGGCCCGCUGCCCAGCAAUGCCAUGAGCCUGCAAGUGGUCAACACCCAGAUUGAGGAGCUGGGCGAAGCAGCCUUUGGGAACGCUUCGGCGCUCAUUGCGGUGCGGAUAGAGAAGAACAGCCUCUCCAGGCUCAGCCCCGGUGCCUUCCUCCACCUGGGAUCCCUGCGCUACCUCAGCCUGGCCAGCAACCGGAUCCGGGAGCUGCCCUUGGAAGUCUUCCAGAGCCUGGGCCGGCUGGAGUCCCUCCUGCUCUCGGGCAACCAGCUCCAGCGCCUCCACCCAGCCCACUUCACCCAGCUGGGCAGCCUCAAGGAGCUGCAGCUGCAGGGGAAUGAGCUGCAGGCUGUCCACCCGGGGGCCUUCGGCCAGCUGACCUCCCUCACCAGGCUCAACCUGGGCAAGAACCGCUUGGCACGCCUCCCGCCCAAGGCCUUCGCCCAGCUUCGCCGCCUCCAGGUGCUGCGCCUCUAUGAGAACCAGCUGUCCGAGGUGCCGCUGGGGGCCUUUGAGUCCCUUACAGAGCUCCAGGAGCUGGGCCUGCACCAAAACCAGAUCCGAUGGCUACCUGCCAGGCUCUUCUCUGCCAACCAGAAACUCCAGAAGCUCUUCCUCUCCCACAACCGGAUCGAGGUCCUCCCAGAAGGUCUCCUCCUGGACCUGCCAGAGCUCUCCCGGCUCUCCCUCUUUGGGAACGUCCUCCAAGAGCUGCGCCCGGGGACCUUUGGGCCGAUGCCUGGCCUGAGGGAGCUCUGGCUCUACGACAACCAGCUGUCCACUCUGCCUGGCCACCUCUUUGCCAACCUGACCCAGCUGCGGCUGCUGGUCUUGAGCCGGAACCAACUGCACUCCAUCUCCCCUUCCACCUUGGCUGGCCUGGGCGAGCUCCUGGAGGUUUCCCUGCACACCAACCAGCUGCCCACCUUGGAUGGGGAGGCCUUCCGAGGCCUGGCCAAGCUCCAGAACGUCUCCCUGCAGAACAACCGGCUCCAGUCCCUGCCAAGAGGCCUCUUCCAACACACACCUGGCCUGAAGACCCUCCAGCUGCAGAACAACUCCCUGGAGACCCUCCCCGGUGGCCUCUUCAAUCGGCUACACCACCUGCGCGACGUCCGACUACACGACAAUCCCUGGCGCUGUGACGCCAUGCUCCAGGCCCUGAGGAUCUGGCUGCAGGGGAACCGGCCUGUCCUUGGAAGCAGCCAACCACGCUGUGCCUCCCCUCCCCAGGUGGAAGGGCAGCCCAUUUGGGAGGUGGAGGAGGGCUUCUUUGGCUCUGAGACACCUGAGGUCACUGAGUGGGGGAUGCCCACCUCUGGACAGACAGUGAGCCUCUCCUGGGACCCCCAGCCAGAGACCACUUUUGCACCCAUGCACACCCAGUUCCUCUUGGACAAUGAGGCUGGCAGUGCGGACAUUGAGCAAGGCCCCUUGGGAUUGGCCACCGACCUCCCCAACCCUGGGGUUUCCCAGGCCGAGGGGGGGCAUUUGGGGCCUGACGCGCACCCAGACAGGGGUGGUGGUCACCUGCAUCGUGGUGGGCUGUGCCUUGCUGCUCGGUUCACUGGUGGCCAUGAUCUUCUAUGGCUACCGAAGGAAGGAUGCCAAAGCGUAAAUGAUGCUCAGAAGCUCACAGGAACACUAGUUUGACAUUGAUACAGGGAGUUCCAUAUCUGUUUUGCAUUCCUUCCUCCAGCAGCUGUACCCUCUCCCACCAGGACUUAGUAGGAACCCACCUUGGUGCCUCUGCUCCUGGGAAGGGAUACACCUGGAUUCUCUCACUGUGUGCUGGUCUCCUUUGCCUCCCUAUGCACAUCUGCCAGCCUCAUCUAGGUGGAGAGGCUCCUGGCCCCUUCUUUAUUUCCAUACCAUGGGGGGGGAGGGAGGUUCCAUAGGCUGCACCCCUGCACCCAUCAUACAGCCCCUCCAUUGAUAGACUGCCCCUUCCAACGGUGCUUGUAGUGGGGAUGCGUGCUGGAGUGGCACAGGUGGCUCGGACUGUAGCCCCAUCCUCUCAGGCCCCCAGGGCCCUUCCUUACAGGCCAGCAAAAUGGAGGAAGGAAGGUUGCCCCACAGAGACACGCCAACAGUUCUCAGGCGCCAACCAGUCAGUGCAUGAGGGUUUCUGAAGGACCGAGGCUUCCCUUUUCUGUCCUCUUCAGAAACUCUUUAGGGGAAAGCCCAGCAAAGGCAGUGGGCAGCAGCCUUGAAUGCCCUUCUGCUCAGCUUUUAGGAGGGAAAGAAGUCCUCUUUCCAGAAGGUUCAGUGGUGGGAAGGGAGGGUAGGGCUGGCAUGUGCAUUAGGCUGGCAUGCACAUAGGAACAAGCAGGAAUCAUGGAGGGAUCAUCUAGACCCUUGGGGUCAUCUAGAUAAACGUCCUGCCAGUGGCUGGCAACCCAUAGCCACAGUACUCCUGAUAGGUGGCCACCUAACCUCUCUCUAAAGAGACCUCUAAAAAAGUGCCCUCUGAGGAGGCAGAAUAUGUCCCCUGCCACAGUUUUGGAGAUUUGCACAGAUGGGCUCAAAGCAGGCCAUUGUGGAAGCCAUUGGGGCUUGUAGGAGAGGGGCUUGGCUAGCAGAGGUAGGCACAACUGCAUCCACAUGGCUCUCCACGCUUUACCUCUUGUCAGAUCUCAGGGAUCCCAUGCAUCCCACCCACUGCCACCCCUGAGAUGGAGGGCAUGGGAACGUCUGGGUCUGACGGAGAGUAGGACCACCCCUGCCACACACACAGCAGCACCCGGGCCUGAUCCACUGCAGGAGGAGUGUGUGUUAUGUAGGAAUAAGAGGUCCUCUGUGUCUAGCCAGUGUGUAAGCAGUCCCAGCCCCAGCAUUAAGGCCAUUGUGAGUAGGAUCACCCAACAGAAGACUUUCCAGCAGUGCAAACCUGAAUUUCUUUCUUCCCCUUAGCAAAAGUUGGCAUUUUGUUUUCAGUCAUGCCUCUGCCCCACCAGCUCUUCCUUCACAACCCAUUUGCCACAACAGAAGCACAAAGUCUGGCCAGGCAUCCAUGUUGGCUCUCGCUCAGACUUUCCCUCUCUGCCCUCCAUCUUGGCCUGGAAUCGCCUCUCUUCCCAGCCAACUUCUCCUCUCCAAAUUAGCUCUUCGCUUGACACUUUUCUCACCCUUUCAGGCCAAAUGCUUUCGGAUGCCUCUGGGAGCAUAGAAGUCUCUGCCUAAGGAAGCUGAAAGAGUCUCUCUAGACUUUGCUCUUUGCUGAAUGCUGGAAUAUGUAUUAAAACCUGUGGAGAUGCUGGUGA